UUUAAAUAUAAAAAAAAUAUAUAUAUAUAUAUAUAUAUAUAUAUAUAAUACAAAAUUUUAUUGCUAUUGGAAAUUUGAAAAGAGAAAUAUAGGCAAGAGCAUACUCAGAUAUUGUUAAUAUCCAUUUCAACUUUCAAAAAUUUGGUACAAAUAAUGCCAACAACAAUAUAUUACUGGUUUUACAAAUAAGCUUUAUUAAUAUCAAAGGCAACAAAAAGAAAAAAAAACAAGACAAGACAAGACCCGAAAUCAGGUUAAAAGAACAGGGCUUUAAGGAAGUAGCUUCCCCAAAAGCUGCUAGAAAAUCUAAUGAAAAGACCCGAAAUCUCAAACCUCGUACACAUGGUUUUAGGUUAAAUCUGUAUCCAUAUAAUUCAGUCAAUUUCAGACUACUUAAUUUCAGCUAUCUCUCUGGAUAUUUAUUUAUACUAUUAUCAUAUACUCAACACUCUAUGAGAUUUCAAAAAACACCAUUAUAUCACUUUUAAAAUUUUUUAUUGUUAUCCAUUCCAGAUUGCAAAAGAAAACACCAUGUGAAGUUAAUGUCAAGACUUUCCCUCUCUUGGCUCCUUUCUUAUUGCACACUCCAAAUUUCUAUUCUUGAACGACAUCGCGAAUCGAGGAAGAAAAAUAUGGAAGGUGCAGAGGCCACUGAAUCCUUAAACGAAUGGCAAUAAAUCACUCAAAACUAUUGCUGCUAAGAACAAAAACAAUAAUCUUCCUCGCCAUGACCUCUCUAUUUUCCCUCCAAGUUCCUCCACAACCACCAGCACCACCAUCAUAGGACACUCAAAUUGAUCUUGAACUGAGUUCAGCUACUAUGUGCAAUAGUGGAGAUGAAGGUGAAAAAAGAUUGUUGUCUGAUUCAACUAGGAGCGUUUGAAGUUGAGGGUCGAGAUUUUAAGUCUUGGGUUGUUGCGAUUCCGAACAGAGGUGACGUCAGAAGUGGAUUUUGGCCAUUUGGGUUAAUAAGUGUAUUUGUCGCAUAAUUUCCUGUUCUCAUCACAAACAAUAUUCACAUCUAUACUUGUAUCCUGCUUCGAUGUGUUAUGACAGUAAAAUCAGAGUCUGGUGUUUGCGGCGACGGCGCUGUGGGGACUGAAUUUGAAUUAAGGAAAGAAACGAGGUCUAGGAUUGAGAGAGGAGAAGAAGUUGUUUUGGUCGAUGUGUGGUACACAUUUUCUUGAAGCGCUAGCUGCAACAGUGAUUAUUGAUUCAGAUAAACCUAUUCCGACGAGGAUUAAGUCGAAUGUUGUCGGUUCUAUUGAUCGAUAUGAGGAUGGCCCGGCAAAAUGCUUGCUGGCGCCCGAGUCAGUCAAAAGUUGAGAUUAGGCUUCUUGUCAAUGGUUACAUGAGGAAUUUGAAUAUGCAAUCCAGCCCAGCGUCAACCAUUUUUCCUUUUUCUGUUUUUUGCUGUUUUCAAAAUUAAGCUCCUGUCAUUGUCAUAAUUUAAGAGCCUACUUUAUACAGACAAGAAUUAGUACCAACACAGACAAUAAUAGUCAUCUCCGUAGAUUAUUCUAUAGGUCGUAACUUUUAAUAUUUCAAAUAAAUAAAUUUUGAAGUGCUGCCAAAUUGGUUUAGACAUGCAAAUUAUUGUGUACCAAAUUAAAUCUUGCAAGUUGCAUCUAAGUAGUAUACUCGAUGCUUCCAUCAAUGUAAUUCUUUGUGCUCCUAUGUUGCAGAUAAAACCAAGAAAAGGCAACCUUCUUACAGCUUGGGGAGGGCAGUUUAACAGAUCGCUGAUAAUUGUUGCUAAUUUUCCAAAUUCACCACGCAGCUAACUCUCUUAUUCAUUCUUUUGUUUUAGCACCUAAUUCACUUUGAGAAAUCUGAAAAGAAGAAAAAGAAACAUUAAAGAAAGAAUUAUCUCCAGCGACAGUGAUUGAACAGAGUCCAAUAUUAUUUCUUUAUAAUAUAUUAUGAGCUUCCCUUUCUUGCAUUUGACUUUGAUUUCGUACACUUACCGGUUACCAAACAAUACAUUGUUUGGCAAUUGGCAGUUUAACGCCAAAUACACCUCAUCAGUCCUGUCAGUUUUAGUUCAUACUUAUAUCUUCUGAGCAUUCUGCAACUCUGUGUUCAUCAAGAAAGUAAGCAAACUCCUUAACUAUGGCUGUGGAACUCAAGAAGGUUUUCUCUACCAUCCUAAGGUUCUUGGCCUUAGCAGCCACCGUAGUUGCCGUUAUUGUCAUGAUCAGGAGCCACGAUUCUGCUAUAGUAUUGAACUUAACAUUCAGUGCCAAAUACAACAACACACCUGCGUUCAAGUAUUUCGUGAUUGCGGAAGGAAUUGCGAGUGUCUAUACCAUCAUAGUUAUCUUUCUCUGGUCUAAAGGCCUCCUUGGUCGCUUAAUUGUCAUCCUUGAUAUGGUGACAACAGUGCUGCUGACCUCAAGCAUUUCAGCUGCCUUGGCAAUAGCUCAAGUGGGAAAAAAGGGAAACAGUCAUGCUGGUUGGCUACCUGUUUGUGGACAAGUUCCAAAGUUCUGUGACCAAGCAAUCAUAGCUCUUGUCGCUGGUUUUGUUGCUGCAAUAGUUUACUUUAUGCUUCUUCUUUGCUCCCUUCAUGCGGUACUCACUCCCAUUUUUGCUGUAAAACCUUAAAUGGCUGGACUAUGUACAAUGAAAAUAGUUCUUUUUUUUCUCUCCCA